GAAUCGUCCACCAGAUCUUUUUGGCCCACGCGUGCAAUGAUGAGCAUCACGUGGACGUACGCGAUCUUGGGAGCGGCGACGCUUUUCUGCGGGGCGAUGGGGACGAUUCUCAUGAAGGUUCAGUUCAGUCUGAACGUCAGCGGCACCGAGCUCUGUUAUGACACUGCCACAAAUGCCACGACAACCGAUUGCCCGUUCCACAAACCGUGGUUCGGGGUGCUUCAAAUGAAACUUGCCAUGUCUCUGUGCUUGAUUUACCUCCUCGUCCGUCAAAAGGUCACGGGCAAACCGUACUUGGAGUCUCCUGUGUUCAAGCGCAAGCAUUUCGGCACCAAGUACAUGCCGCAGCCUCGAUCGUACGAGGAGCGCCGCACGCUGCUUCAAGAGGCGUACGACGGUCCGUCGUGGAGAACGAUGCUGUUCCUCGUGUUUCCCGCGCUCUUGGACAUCGUCAACACUGUCCUCGCGUUCACGGGGCUGCUGUGGGUGCCUGCAUCCGUGUACCAAAUGAGCAACGGCGCCGUGUUGCUCUUCAGCGCGUUCAUCGCGAUGCGAUUCAUGGGACGCGAGCUGUACUGCUACCAAAUCCUAAGCAUCAUGCUGGUCACUGUGGCAGUGAUCAUUUUCUCCGUGGCAGGCAUUCUCGGCGGCGACCACGACACCGUGUCUCCGUACGAGAUUUACGCCAACUUGACCACGGCGUACGAGCUGCCUACGAUUCCAGUGACCAGCUCGGACGUCCACCAGGCCAUGGGGAUGCUCUUCAUCCUCCUCGCGCAAGUGGUGUUGGCGGCGCAGUUCGCCUUGGAAGAGCACUUUAUGAUCGAGCGCCACGUGAGUCCACUGCUGUUGGUCGGCAUGGAAGGCGCGUGGGGGCUCGUGCUGGUCGUGGGGUUGGUGCCACUGCUGAGCACGACCCCAGCCGCCACCGACUCGAUCGCUGCCCACUUGUGGCACGAAGACUUUACCGACACAUGGGUCAAACUAAAAGGCUCGUCGUCUCUUGUCGUGCUGGGGGUGGGGUACAUGCUGUGCAUUGGCACGUACAACAUUGCGGCGCUAUAUGUGACAAAGUACCUGUCGUCCAUUGUGCGGAGUAUGCUCGAGGUACUGUAUCCAUAUCCUACGAACGAUCAUGCUCUCCCCGAUAUCGGAUAUCGUUUCGUGGAUAUAACCAUGGUAUGUUUAUAUGUACUACUACUACUACUGUAUACUAGAUUGGUCGGACAGUGGGCGUGUGGGUUGUCAGUCUGGUGGUGUACUACAGCUUCAACUGGGCCGGCCCAAACUCGCCCGGUGAAGCCUGGUCCGACUGGAGCUGGGUGCAGCUGUUUGGGUUUGGGUUGCUGGCGCUGGCAACGUUGACUUACAAGCAGUCGGUCCACUUUCCAUGUCUGGGGCUGUAUCAGAACGCCCGUGGGCUGCCCAUUUCCGCCCAACAAGUCGUCUUCUUGGGCGACCGUCGAUAGACACUCGAUGGGGUUAAUUUCUGCGAUACUGUAUGGUUGAACGCAUUGAAUGCAUGUGUGUGUCUGUGGUGC